AUGUCUUAUCACGGCAGCGGAAGCGAUUGGUCCAAUUACAAUAUGCCAUUGGCACAUCCGUCGAUGUCACCGCAGGAUCCGGUCAUUCCUUUUUCACCCCCUAUGCAAGCGGUUCAGCAGCCAUACCAUUACCUAUCGCCGCUGGCGCCGCAUCCGUCCCAGUUGCCUCCGGCUCCAGCAGGUGUCCCUCCGGUCUCUCGUGAAUGGCCUGCCAAUACCGAUGCUCACACCGGUCAUACUCAUGUGUCCAGCCGAAUGCCGAAGAUGGGUCGCGACCACAGCACCUCUCUGUCGCCCGUUAGGGGGCCUUUGUCAGUCAACCAUCGAGACCCAGUCCGCGCUUCGCCGGUCAUUCAAGAUCAAGAAGUAUACUCACGAUCACCCGUUCCACUUCCGAUUCCAACACCGGGCAUGUUCCAAUGUGACAUCAGUUUCCUGAUCUAUUGCGCUCGGAAAAAUAAGCAGAAGAAGACGACUUGGGUCCCCGUCAAGUCCAAAGAAAACUUGUCGAUAUCGUUCAACUGCCACACAAUCGACGUGGCUCGCUUCAAAGUCUUGGUAACUAACACAUGCGGAGCGCGCCACCCAAAUCUGCCUCCGUUGAUGGACCAUUGUACAAAUGUGUCGCAACCAACAAUGCUCUGGGUGGCCCACAUGGGUCGGAAUCCGGCAUGGCUAAAGACUGGUUCUCAAUGCGUGGCCAGUGACCCGAUGUUUUCUGCCUGGAUGGAUGCGAUAAUCAAGGGUGGUGUGAAGAAGGGCGGUCUCUACCUCAAGAUGGCCAACCCAAGCGCGGAGCAAUCACGUGCAGCCGACAACGAUCUGAUGGCGUCAACCGUUCGGCGUCAUGAGGCUCAAACGGCGACUCUAAGGGCCGCUUUGGAUAAGGCUCCGAUGGCCUCGGGUUCCGCGUUGGACGGUCCUUCACAACCGCUGGCCAUUGGCCAGACUCCCUUCGAUCAGGAUGAUGAUGCGGAAGACUCGUGUGAUGAAGGUUUUGAUGCGCGAAGGAUAAUCGAGGAGCAAAUCUUCCAAAAAUAUGCGGGUAACACAGGGGUUGACCCAAGGCAUACGGUCUACCCCCACCCUACGGAUGUGAAUCGCUACAUUAUCCUCACGUCUGGUAAUGUCACAUCCUGGGCUAGGGCCAUUCAUGGCAAGCAUAAGGGGGUCAGUCUCACCACCCCACCGAGCCGUCUCAAGUUCUAUAACAAGAGAACUCGUGAAUCAGCACCUCUCCGUCCAGGUGACCCAUCAUCUGCAGCGACGCCUGACGCCUCCGCCCCGACCUCGCAGGCACUGUCCCCAGAAAUGGUUGCUUCCAUCGUCGACAUAUGCACCGAAAGAAUGGCUAGGAAACGUCCCCUCUCACCUGACAUGGCCACAUCUGCCGUGGGGGUUGCUGGGCCCGAAGGCGAACUGCUUGAAUACCUCCUAUUUGCUGGGGUCGCGAACACUGAAGAGACCAUGCGCGUCCUGAAACGGAACGAGGUCGACAGCUACACGAUGUUUGCCGAGGGCUUCUUCACCAAGGACCAGUUGCAACAGUUAGGUUUGACGGUUGGUACACUCGCGAAGCUAUGUCGAAAUGUCGGCCGUUACGAGCGCAGCCGUGCUCAGGCAAGACGAUGA